CCCGCCCGGAAUCCCCGGCACCCACACACCACUCCACCUGCCCGAGAGCCCGCGGUGGUGCUGGCAGUCCAGGCGCUCCGCCGUCGCCCCAGCCUCGCCCUGCGCCCCUGUGCAGUCCGCCCGCCGUCCGCCCAAGCGUGCCCCUCGCCGCCGCCGCGCUGCACGCCCAGAGUGCGCCCUCUGCCCUCGCGGGGACUGGGGGCCCCGCCACCGUCAUGCUGCCCGCCAUCUACACGGCCCUGGCGGGGCUGCUGCUCCUGCCGCUGCUAGUGAACCUCUGCUGCCCCUACCUCUUCCAGGACCUGGGCUACUUCCUGCGGGUGGCCGGCGUGGCCCGGCGGGCGCGCAGCUGCGAGCGGCGCCGACCGGUGCGCACCAUCCUGCAUGGCUUCCUGGAGAAGGUGCGCCAGACGCCGCACAAGCCUUUCGUGCUCUUCCGCGACGAGACGUUCACCUACGCUCAGGUGGACCGGCGCAGCAACCAGGUGGCGCGGGCACUGCACGACCACGUCGGCCUGCGCCAGGGCGACUGCGUGGCGAUCUUCAUGGGCAAUGAACCGACCUACUUGUGGCUGUGGCUGGGGCUGAUGAAGCUAGGCUGUCCCAUGGCGUGCCUCAACUACAACAUCCGCGCCAAGUCCCUGUUGCACUGUUUCCAGUGCUGCGGAGCGAAGGUCCUACUUGUCUCGCCAGAAUUACAAGAAGCUAUUGAAGAGGUGCUGCCAAGCCUGAAAAAAGAUGAUGUGUCUGUUUAUUAUGUGAGCAGAACUUCUAACACAGAUGGGAUCGACUCUUUGCUGGACAAGGUGGAUGAAGUGUCGACGGAACCCAUUCCAGAAUCGUGGAGGUCGGAAGUCACUUUCUCCACUCCUGCCUUGUACAUUUAUACUUCUGGAACCACAGGUCUCCCAAAAGCUGCAAUGAUCAAUCAUCGUCGCUUAUGGCAUGCAACCGGCCUGGCUGUUUCAAGCGGGAUUAAGAAAGAUGACGUCAUCUAUACCACUUUACCCUUGUACCACAGUGCUGGGCUGAUGAUCGGCGCAAAUGGAUGUAUGGUGAUUGGUGCUACUAUUGUCUUGCGGAUCAAAUUUUCUGCCAGCCAGUUUUGGGAUGACUGCAGAAAGUAUAACGUCACUGUCAUUCAGUACAUCGGGGAACUGAUUCGGUAUUUAUGCAACUCACCCCAGAAACCAAAUGAUCGUGAUCAUAAAGUGAGACUGGCAUUGGGAAAUGGCUUGCGAGGAGAUGUGUGGAGAGAAUUUAUUAAGAGAUUUGGAGACAUUGACAUUCAGGAGUUCUAUGCUGCCACCGAAGGCAAUGUCGCCUUUACGAAUUAUACAAGAAAAAUUGGUGCUGUUGGAAGAGUAAACUACCUACUGAGGAAAAUCAUAAAUUAUGAACUGAUUAAAUAUGAUGUGGAGAAAGAUGAACCUGUCCGAGAUGCAAAUGGAUAUUGCAUCAAAGUUCCCAAAGGUGAAGUUGGACUCCUGAUUGGCAGAAUUACACAACUGGCACCAUUUAGCGGCUAUGCUGGAGGAAAGGCUCAGACAGAGAAGAAAAAACUGAGAGAUGUCUUUAAGAAAGGAGACGUCUAUUUCAACACUGGAGAUCUCUUAAUGAUUGACCAAGAAAAUUUCAUCCACUUCCACGACAGAGUUGGAGAUACAUUCCGGUGGAAAGGGGAAAACGUGGCCACCACUGAAGUCGCUGACAUAAUAGGACUGGUUGAUUUUGUCCAAGAAGCGAAUGUUUAUGGAGUACCUGUGCCAGGUCACGAAGGUCGAAUUGGCAUGGCCUCGAUCAAACUAAAGGAAGACCGUGAAUUUGAUGGAAAGAAAUUCUUUAAGCAUGUUGUCGAUUACCUGCCCAGUUAUGCAAGGCCCAGGUUUCUAAGAAUACAGGACACCAUUGAGGUCACGGGAACUUUUAAACACCGCAAAAUGACCCUCGUGGAGGAGGGCUUUAACCCUGCCGUCAUCAAAGAUGCCUUGUAUUUCUUGGAAGACAAAGCAGAAAUGUAUGUGCCUUUGACUGAGGACAUUUACAAUGCCAUAUAUGGUAACACUCUGAAACUCUGACUAUUCCCAGGAGGAUAACUCAUACUAUUUCCAGAAAGAAACUGACUGGCCCUAGUACAGCCACUUAAUGUAAUCUAACUUUAAUUUGACUGAAGAUUAUGAGGUGCUAUUUUUUUGAUGUGUACUGAUAAGGAGAGACUUAUUUUAGUUACACCUGAACCUUUGCAAGUGAAAAGAUUUAGAGAACUGUUUUCCCAUUGCACCUACUGUUUGUGUUUGCAAACUAAGCUUGUUAGAAGGAGGGCAAUAUUUUUUUUUAAAUCGUAAUAAAAUAGAUGAACACCGAUGUAUGA